AAAGGAAAAGGGCAAAACUGCGACACAGCAGUUCGCUCUUGUCGCCUCUCCCUCUCUCCGCUCUCUGCCUCUCCGCCACCAGCGCCGCUCAGGCACGGGCGACGACGGCGACGCCUCCCAGACUCUGCUUCUCCUCUUCUUCUUCUUCUCUCAUUCUAUCUGCCGAUAGAAAUAUCUCUCUAUCUCUCUAUCUAUCGGACUCUGCGAUUGUCCGGUGUUUUAUGGUCUUGGGUCCUUCAUUUCUUCGUAGACACUUGCCUGAGUUCAUUCGCUUUGUUCGUCUUCCUCGGUCGUCUUCCGUGGCCGUUCGUUUUCGCUUAAUUUAGGAAGUUCCUCGCCGGAGGCGGGCUCGUCGGGAGUGAGCGUGCCAUUGAACUGAGACGGCCUUAUUCAGAUGUGUGAAUAAUUUGCCCCAGCACUUCAGUGGCUGAUAAAAUGAACCCACGAACUGCUGUGGUGUCUAGAACUCAGAAAUCAAACGGUUUUCAGCGAGAAGGUCCAAAUUGGGUUCUUAUUGCAGGUGGUGCCUUGUUAAGCACUUUGUCAUUUCGACUUGGUUACAAGCUGAAACAAGCAAUUGACACAAAGCAGCCUGACGACUCUGGGAAUGGAAAAUCUACUGACAGGAGAAAGCAACCCGCUUCUCGUAUGCAUUCUAAUAUGUAUUCCUAUAUGCAAGGCAAUGAUGGCUGUUUUAAUUGCUUCCCAGCAGGAAAUGAGGGAGUGAUAGACCCAAAGCACCCUUCCACUGAACAGAUGCUCGAAGAGCCAGAAUCAUCUCUCCCCUUGGUGGCUGUUCCUGCCCCUGAAUAUAACAGAGAAAAUGGGGUAGCCUGGGCAUCUUCACCUGAUCGCUUUGAGUUGCCUCCAAAGCCAUUCCACCCUUCUAACUGCUCAGAGUCACCAUGUGUCUCUGAAUCUGGCUCUGACAUCUUCAGCAAAAGGGAAGUGAUUCAUAAGCUGAGGCAGCAAUUGAAGAGGAGAGAUGACAUGAUUCUGGAAAUGCAGGAUCAGAUGACCGAGUUGCAGAAUUCACUCAAUGCUCAGUUGGAACAAUCUACUCAUUUGCAGGCGCAACUUGAUGCUGCAAAUAGGGACUUUUUCGAUUCUGAGAGGGAGAUUCAAAGAUUGAGGAAAGCUAUUGCAGAUCACUGCGUUGGACACAUGGGUGUGCAGGAGAAGAAUUCGACAGCCCCGGUAUGGCCACCAGAAGUGAGAAAUGGCCAUACAAAUGGGCAUGUCGAUUGUGAAAACAAUCUUGAUUCUUUUGAGAAGGCGAGAGAAAUGGAUAAGAUUGAGAUGUUGAAGAAGGAAGUUGGAGAGUUGAAGGAGGUCAUAGAAGGGAAAGAGUAUCUGCUGCAGAGCUACAAGGAACAGAAGGCAGAGCUCUCUUUGAAGAUUAGGGAGCUACAGCAGAGAUUAGAUUCUCAGCUCCCGAGUAUUUUGUAGGCAAUGUCGACACUUGUGCAUAUGGCUUUAUUUUUCUUUUUCCGUGCAUCGGAAUUUGAGGUUUCCAGGAUUGCUAGAAGCGUCAUUUUCUCCUCAUUUCUUGGGUGAUGUUUUCAUUUGUGUUUGCUCUUGUGCAGCUGCGUAGGAGGUAGAACAUAGGUUGCGCCUUUUUAUCCCCUUUAUUCGUCCGUUGUUUUUUAUUUGGACCAGAAAGAGAGCAGUCUGCUUUGCGCACAGUUUAGAUUCUUCCUUGUUGAAA